CUCCCCGAUCUCUCGCCCAAGUCCACUCCAAGCCUCGCCGUCCGCCUCCGCCCUCUCCUCGCCCGCCAUGGCGCCGCCGCUCCGCGCUCUCCUCGCCCUCGCGGCCCUCCUCCUGCUCUCCCUCUCCCUCACCGUCGCCGCCUUCCAGUCCGACGAGCUCCUCCUCAACGACGACGAGGAGUUCGAGGGCGUCGGCGCCCGCCCCGCCUCCCCCUCCCCUUCCCCGCCGGCGGCCCCGGCGGUCUCCUCCUCCCGCCGCCGAUCCGCGGACGCGGCGUCGGCGGGGGCCGGAGAGUCCAACGCCGUGCAGUUCGCCCUCGAGCACGACCUCGGCGCCGGCAAGGGGUUCGUCCCCGCCGGAACCUUCUCUGCUCGCCUCAAGACCUCCGCUCAUGGCACGCAGACUCUCACAAAGCUUCGCUUUACAAGGAAUGAGUUGACUGAGGAUGAAAAAGAUGCAUUCAAAAAAUUGCUUCAGGAAGAUGGCUUUUAUACAAUUAGGCUUCCAUCUAAUGUGUUGGACCCUACAAGAAAAGAUAAUGUUGUUUCCUCAAUCAAAGCUAGAUGCAUUCCACGUGACAGUUUGGAUGAGCACAUUGUUAUCCAUAUGGAUGGUGUAAAUAUUUUGGCAGUUAACUAUGGUUCUGUUGGCGGAUGUCAAUACCCACGACCAAUGAAAUUUCCAUCAAAAUGGACAUUCAGCUCUUAUACUAUUCUGAAGACUGCUGAACAGGCACCAAGAACCCCAUCAUUUGUGGAUCAGCUAUUAGAAGCUGACAAUGGACUUAGUGAAGUGAUCAAACCACUGGAGAAAUCUUUCUGGGCUAAAUAUUGGAUGUACAUUAUUCCUCUUGGUCUCAUUGUCAUGAAUGCCGUUACGGCAGCUGCAAACAUACCAGAGGAACAAGCAGCAGGGCAGGGCCAACCUGGAGCACAACGAGCACCAGCUGCUGCUGCAAGGAGAAGAUGAUUGCUGUCGUUAUGCUUUUUUUUUCCCAUGUCAUAGAUUAAUGGUGAAUGGACAGGAGACCAACAUUUGUUUGCAUUGACGUUUGCCAAAAGGAAAAUUGGAGCUACACCUACACCUACACGAGUCAUAGGAUAUGCUUGGUGAAGGCUCCCGUACUUUUAGCUAGUACCGAGAAGUGCGCCAUUAGCAUAGGGGCCUUUGAUGGUGCGGUUGAACACUCGUAUAUUGGUGGAUACAAACUGCAAAUGAAACUUUAACUAGUGCAAGCUGUAUGUGCUGAUGUCAAGUGGCCUUUAUUUGUCCAUUUUGAAUCCUGUAUGUGGUUUUUUACAGAUCAUCCUUAUUUUGUAGUAAUGGAAGUCUUUUGGAAAAAGUGUAUUUUUCAUCCCUCAAGUAUUGCAAAAGUGUGACAUUCA